AUGGCACAGAAAUCGUCGUCGGUGGAACAUAAAUCCAUCAUUACGAGUACUUGGAAAGCGACAAAGGAAAACUUUGCGGAACUUCUAUCAAAUUUACGUAUUAAACCGCGCCCACUUUCUUCUCUUCCAUUUAUUACUUCGAAAUUAAAAUUAGUGACAAAUAUCUUUGCCGAAAAUGAUACAGCAAUACAGCCUCUGCAAAUUUCUCACCAUUUCGACGGCAUUACCUUGAUUUGGUUCGAUCCAAAUAUUGAUUUAGAAAGCGAAGACACAGGAUGGACACAGAGAGAACUUCGAAAAAUCAAUGAUUUUGUGGAUUUUUACAAAGAAGAAGAACAAGCUGUUGAUCAUGUCAAUUCUGCUAAGCACAAAAAAGUUCUUCUUGUCACCUCAGGCCAUAGUGCUAGUUCGAUUCUUAAAAAAAUUGCGCAACUGGAACAAGUUGCAUCUGUUUUUGUCUUCUGCGCAAAACCCGAGGAGUACCAACAUUUGAUGAUAGACUUCCAAAAGAUUGUGGGCAUCUACUCUACACAGAUAGAACUUCUGAACUCGAUUCGCCUAACAAUUGCCGAUUGUGGAAAACAAUUGGAAUUGUUAAAUUCCGCUAGACAACUUGAUAGUGCUGCACCACUACCAGAGACAACGGCUGAGCUACCUCCUGUUUCUCCGAAUCUUGAAGGUAUUACUUUGAUGUGGUUCGAUCCAAAUAUUCAAUUAGAAAGCGACGAUACAAAACGAACAAAGCAAGAACUUCGGAAAAUAAAUGACCGUAUCUUCUUUUGCACCGAUGUAAAAUUAGCUGUUGACUACAUGAAAUCAAUCAUUGACGAAAAAGUGCUUCUCGUCACUUCUGGCCAUAGCGCUGACUCAAUUCUCAAACAAAUUGAUAAAUUAACUCAAGUUGACUCUAUCUUCAUAUUCUGUGCUAAACCCGAACAGUACAAAGAUUUAAAGAAUACUUUCCAAAAGGUUGUGGGAAUCUAUUCUGCGCGUGAAGAGCUCGUAAAAUCGAUUCGUUUGACAAUUAAUGACUGCGAAAAACAGCUCGGAUUGGUUAAUUUUUACAAUGCUCAGAGACAGAAAUCUACGCGUGAUCUAUCAGAGGAAUCCGCUGGUUUUCUGUGGUUUCAGCUUUUCAAGGAUGUCAUUGUAAGAAUGCAUAGUGAUGAACAAGCAAAAGAACAGUUGGUGGAAUUCUGUCGAAAUUAUUAUCGCGGAAAUAAUGAGCAAAUAGCUUUCAUCGACGAAUUUCAUCGUGACUAUACAAUGAAGGAUGCCAUAAAGUGGUACACAAAAGAAUGCUUUCUGUAUAAGAUCGUUAACCAUGCACUUCGAAUAGAAGACAUUGAACAAUUAUUUACUUUUCGAUUCUUUAUUGUCGAUCUAACGCAAGCACUUACAGCUGAAUAUGAGAAGAUCCGAGUAGCGGGCGAAGAUAUUGUAUUUCUUUACCGAGGGCAAAAGAUGGAAAUCAAAGAAUUAGAAACUUUAAAGCGAAAUGUAGGACAGUUAACAGCCACGAACGGUUACUUUUCAACUACACGUGAAAAACAAGUUGCAAAAGAUUUCGCAACGAAAGAUUUUGCAGCAAAAGUAGCACUACGACCGAAUAUCUUUUGCGUAUUUUACGAAAUUGAAUGUAAUGUAAAGGAAGUUAAGACAGUCAUCUUUGCUGAUAUUUCAGCAUUUAGUGACUUUCCAACGGAGUCAGAAGUUCUAUUUGGUAUCGGGGCAACAUUUAAAAUUAUCUUUGUCACAGAAGAAGAUCCAAGUCUUAAACUGUGGAGAAUUACAUUGAAAGUGACUGAUGAAGGAACUGAAAUUGCUCGAGAUUAUAUUAAACUGAACGCUGAUACAAAGCCUAUCUAUCUGUUCGGAGAACUUCUACUUAAAAUGGGAAAAUAUGAUCAGUCACUAAAAUACUUUCAAAAUUUACCGAACACCAACCAAGGCUUAGACAGGACUACUAUCGACAAUGAUAUUGGCCUGGCUUAUUUUGAAAGAGGCGAAUUUGACCAAGCAUUUCAAAUAUGGAAAAAAACUUAUGAUUCCCUUGUUAAUGCUGAAAUUCCGGACGAAAGUGUUGCUGCAACACUUUUAAGCAACAUGGCAAUGGUGUAUAACCAGAAAGGACAGUAUAAAAAAGCACUAGAAAUGCGUUUGCAAGUGCUAGAAAUAGAAGAAAAAAAAUUUGGAAAAGAAAGUUUAAAAACAGCUCACACUCUUGGAAAUAUCGGGUCGACUUAUGACUAUUUAGAAGACCAUGAACAAGCUCUAAUAUAUUUUGAACGGUCUUUGAUAAGUCUGCAAAAGCUACUGCCUAGUGACCAUUUGGACAUUGCUUCAAGUCUCAGGAGCAUUGGUAAUUCUCACAAUGCACAAAAACGAUACGAAAAGGCCCUGGAAUAUUAUUUCAAAGCUUUCGCUAUUGUCCAGAAAGUCUUUGGAGAAAACGGCCAUCCUGAUAUGGCUUCGAAUCUUGACAUCAUUGGACAUGCUCAUUACGGGCAGGGAAAAUUCAAUGAUGCUCUUGAUUUCAUGCACAAAGGAUUGAAAAUGCGACAAACGUUAUUGCCACCGGAUCAUACAGAUAUUGCUAUAAGUUGCAUAAACAUUGGAGCCGUCUACUUCGAACAAUUACUAUACGAGAAAGCGUUGGAAUUUUAUUUUAAGGCAUUAGAGAUUCUGGAGAAAAACUUUGGUGAAGGGGGACAUCAGAAUGUGGCUUCAAUUUUCCACACCGUUGGCCUUAUUUAUCAGAAACAAACAAAACUCGACGAUGCUCUUAAUUAUUUUCAGAAGUCAUUAAAAAUCCGUCAAAAAAUACUUUCACCAGACCAUCAAGAUAUAGCGAAAAGUUUGUUAAUCAUUGGAGAUAUAUACAAAAAUAAGUCUGAAUAUCAACUGGCGUUUGAUUUUUACCUAGAAGCUCUAGAUAUUCUACGAAGAAUAUUUGAUAUAGAUGAAAAUAAUGCCAUUUUAGAUACCCUAGAGCGUAUUGGUGAGGUCUGUAAAUGUACAAACGACAGUGAUUACAUUAAAAAAUUUUUGGAAAUCACAGACGAAUUGCUUCCCAAAGAACAGAACCUCACUGCCAGAUAA